AUGAGUACUGCAUUGCCUUCGAUCCAACUUUCUGUCAAUUAUAAUGAAUUAUCUCAAGAUAUCAACGAUUUCUUGUCUCAUUUCAAAACAGAUGUGUUCGCUGAAACAACAGAACAACAACAAGAUCAUGAUAUGGAUGAGGAUGAACAUGACGAAAUCGGUAAAGGUCCAAAAUAUAUGAAUAUUUUACAAAGAAUUUCUAAUAGAGAAUUGGAUUCUAUUACUGUCGAAUUAGAUGACAUCUUACAAUAUCAAAAUGAAAAAUUCUUAGAAGGUGGUAGUAAUGGUGAUUUAGUUAAUUCUAUCCAAGAAAACGCCAACCAUUUCAUUGAGUUAUUUUGUCGUACUAUUGAUGACUUGAUGCCCUUACCAACAAAGGAAAUAGAUUAUAAGGAUGAUGUCCUUGAUGUUAUUUUAAAUCAAAGACAAUUAAGAAAUGAAAGAAUGGUCUCUGAUAGAACCACAGAAUUAAGAAAUGAGAAUUUAAUGGAUAUGGCAAAUGGUGAACCUCCCUCCUCUAUGAAUGAAACUUUGAGAGAAGUUGCUGAAGAUGAAACUGAAUUAUUCCCUGCAAAUUUGACGAGACGUUAUUUCUUUUAUUUCAAACCCUUAUCUCCACAAUUUGCUCACCGUCAUCGUUCUAAUAAUAAGAAAUUACAUAGUAAACCAUUGUCUGUCAGAGAAAUCAAAGGUGAUUUUUUAGGUCAACUUUUAACAGUGAGAGGUAUAAUUACCAGAGUCUCAGACGUGAAACCAGCAGUACUUGUCAUUGCAUACACGUGUGACCAAUGUGGGUAUGAAGUUUUCCAAGAAGUCACAUCACGUACAUUUACACCCUUAACAGAAUGUACCUCAAAGGAAUGUUCACAAAAUCAAACCAAGGGUCAGCUAUUUAUGAGUACAAGAGCUUCUAAAUUUAGUGCCUUCCAAGAAUGUAAGAUUCAAGAAUUAUCACAACAAGUACCAGUGGGUCACAUUCCAAGAUCUUUAACUAUUCAUGUGAAUGGUGGUCUUGUUAGAUCAAUGACUCCCGGUGAUAUUGUGGAUGUCAGUGGUAUAUUUUUACCUGCACCCUAUACUGGAUUUAAAGCUUUGAAAGCUGGAUUAUUAACAGAAACGUAUCUAGAAGCUCAAUAUGUUCGUCAACAUAAAAAGAAAUUUGCUUCAUUCGAUUUAUCAUCUGGUAUCGAAAAUCGUGUUAUGGAUUUGAUUUCUGAAGGUGAUGUUUACAAUAGAUUAGCAAAAUCAAUUGCCCCUGAAAUUUAUGGUAAUUUAGAUGUUAAGAAAGCUCUAUUAUUAUUGUUAGUUGGUGGUGUCGAUAAAAGAGUUGGUGAUGGUAUGAAAAUUAGAGGUGAUAUUAAUGUUUGUUUAAUGGGAGAUCCUGGUGUUGCCAAAUCUCAAUUAUUAAAAUCAAUUUGUAAGAUUUCACCAAGAGGUGUUUAUACUACUGGUAAGGGUUCUUCUGGGGUUGGUUUAACAGCUGCUGUUAUGAAGGAUCCAGUUACUGAUGAAAUGAUCUUAGAAGGUGGUGCCUUAGUGUUAGCCGAUAACGGUAUAUGUUGUAUUGAUGAAUUUGAUAAAAUGGAUGAAAGUGAUAGAACAGCUAUUCAUGAAGUUAUGGAACAACAAACUAUAUCUAUUUCCAAAGCUGGUAUUAACACUACAUUAAAUGCAAGAGCUUCUAUUUUAGCUGCAGCAAAUCCACUAUAUGGUAGAUAUAAUCCAAGACUUUCACCAUUAGAAAAUAUUAAUUUGCCAGCUGCGUUACUUUCUAGAUUUGAUAUACUCUUCUUAUUACUAGAUACACCAAAUAGGGAUAAUGAUGAGAAAUUGGCACAUCAUGUUGCGUUUGUUCAUAUGCAUCAAAAGCAACCCGAUUUAGAUUUUGUUCCAAUAGAGCCUUCAAGGAUGAGAGAAUAUAUUGCUGUAGCCAAGAGUAAAAGACCUGUGAUGAAUGAGACAGUUAAUGAAUAUAUGAUACAAGCCUAUAUUAGAUUAAGACAAGACUCUAAAAGAGAAAUGGAUUCUAAAUUUUCAUUCGGUCAAGCUACGCCAAGAACUUUAUUAGGUAUCAUUAGAUUAUCACAAGCAUUAGCUAAAUUACGUUUGGCUGAUUCAGUAGAUGUUGAUGAUGUUGAAGAAGCCUUAAGGCUAAUCAGAGUGUCUAAGGAAUCAUUAUACCAAGAUAACAGUAAGAAUAAAGAGGAUGAGAAUCCAACAACAAAGAUAUUUACAAUUAUCAAGAAACUGUUGCAAGAUGGUGGGAGGGAAGCAAAAAGAGGCAUUCCAUAUGAAACGAUUGUUAAAGUUGUGAGAUCAAGAGGUUUUACUAUGCUUCAAUUAAGCAAUUGUAUACAAGAAUAUACGUACCUAAAUGUAUGGCAUUUAUUACAAGAAGGUAGUGUAUUGAAAUUUGUUAACGAUAACGGAGAAAUAGAUGAAGAUGAUGGGAGCAAUGAUGAAUCAGACAAUGCUCUAGAAACCACAAAGAGCCCAAGUCCUACACUCACCCCAAGAAAAAUGCAAUCACCUUUGGCUGGUUCUAUUCCUAACUUAUCUGUAGAAAGUGGCAAGAAAACUGUCCAUGAUACGGAACAAACGAUCGCUGCUACGGUUCCCGAAGAAGGGCCAGAAGAUAAAGAUGCCGAAAUGGAGGAUGUAUGA